CAGUUAGCAGCUUCCAGAGUUGGCGGGGAGACAUGUACUUACUCUUUCGCAUCGUUAACAUGGACCUUCAAUACACGGCUCAAGAGUCGAUAGGUGAUGGCAUUGUCUUCGGUCAAUAUCCUCGCAGCUAAGUAGCUCUUGUAAUCUGCCAUUGUGUCUGUUGUUUUGUUCUGGUGUGGUUGCUGGUUUUCUACAUUUACUCAUUGGAACCUCGGGAUGCGUAAAUCGCCAGCGCGUCUCUCCUGGAGAGACGCGAUUUCCACUUAACGCGACAGCCACAAGUUCUUUCAUCACCUUCAUCACACAUCAGCCUUGUCGCCACACCCCAACCUACUCAGGUUUAUACGUUCACUUGCAAGUUCCUGCAGGAACCCCGCUUGCCACUUGUGAAUUCGUGCAGAGCUCAAAGGCAUCAGCGCAAUUCAUCACACUACCCAGUUGACUCUAUGGAACAUUGACUCGCUGCCAGCUUCUCAACCUCUACCCUGACAACCUAUUGUACAAUACAAAAUGAGCAAUAAACACCAACAACUCGAUGCAUACGAUGUCUCCGACCCGACGGAUUGGCUUGAGACUGCACUUAAAUCGCUAUCUGCAGUCGACGCUGCCCUUCGAUGUCAAGUCUGCAAGGACUUUUACACAACGCCCAUGAUCACAUCUUGUUCACAUACCUUCUGCUCGCUUUGUAUACGGAGAUGUCUCGGUAACGAUGGAAAAUGCCCUGCUUGUAGAACCGCAGACCAAGAGCUGAAGCUGCGAUUUAAUGGGGCAAUGGAGGAUUUGGUGGAGGGGUUUAAGAAAGCAAGACCGGAGGUAUUUGCAUUUGCGACCCGACCAAUUGUGCCGGCUGGGGAAAGUGCGCCAAAACGAGGUCGAGAGAAGUCACACGCUAUAGAUGACGAGGAACCAUCGAGGAAGAAGAGGACGAGAUCAACCAGGCAGACUUGGUCGACGCAGCAAGUUGUGAUAGUAGACUCGGAUCAAGAGGAUGACGAAUAUAUACCCGGUAUGUAAUCCCUUUAACCCAACUCUUGCAGGACUCCGAACUCAUAGAUCCAACUAACAUUUAAUUCUAGAGGAUGGCUGUGUACAAUGUCCCAUAUGCUCCAAAAGAGUUAAGGAAGCUUCUAUAAACUCCCAUAUCGACCGAGGAUGUCCAGACGAACCCGCAAAAUUCAACGUUAGCAAGAAAGCCUCAAUAUUGCCAGCGAAAGGCAAAGCGCCAGAGAAGCGACCCGAAAGAUUAGCGCAAGUUCAUUACGCAACGAUGAAAGAUGCUGUCCUUCGAAAAAAGCUUGCGGAGCAUUCAAUUCCAACUUGGGGCACCAAAGCCGAGAUGCAGCGGAGAUUUACGGAGUGGAUAACCUUAUGGAAUGCUAAUUGCGAUGCCACUCACCCGAAGAGUAAAGCAGAAUUAAGAGGCGAGUUAGAUGUAUGGGAACGAACUCAGGGCGCUCACGCAUCGCAAAUGAACUCUUCUGGAGCACAGAUACGAAGCAAGGACUUUGAUAGGGACGCAUGGUCGAAUCGAAAUGACGACACGUUCAAACAAUUGAUUGCUGAGGCAAAGAAGAAAGCACAGGAAUCAAAAAAGCUAUUAGAAUCUCGACCGAAGUCUCCUUUACUUUCUCCUCCGGUCUCAAGUGUCCCUGAAGCUUCUUCGAUUCUAGCGCCUCUGGUGGAUCCUGUGCGCACUUCGAAUCCCCCAACUACCUUUCUGCAAGAUUUUGAACGACAAGCUGAGUUGUUUCGCCAACAUGAGGAUAAGCUGGCUGCUGAGAGAGCGGCCAAGGAAAGCCCAUCACCUACAAAGCAAAACUCCCAACCUCAUAAUUCAAAUGAGUGGUCGACUCCCCCCACUAGGCAAGAUUGGGAACGACAAACUGAGUUGUUUUACCAACAGGAAGAUAGGCGGGCUGCUGAAAGAGCUGCCAAGGAAAGCCCAUCACCUAAGAAGCAGAACUCUCAACCUUAUAUCUCAAAUCAACGACCUACUCCUGCCAAUGAUGAAUUUCAAGGGCCAUACGAAACGCAUCGCGCGGACUUUCGAACUCCAGUUUCUCAGAACGGGGUUACAGAAAAUUCUGCCACUCAUAAUACGCAUAAUGGGCAAUACGGAUUACCUGAUAGAAAUGAUCAACGUCCAACUCCACGGCUCAGGGUUCCAGAAGGCAUUGAAGGUCUUCCUGAUUCGAAUUCAGAUAAGUACCCAGGCAUGUACCCCGCUUAUUCGACUCAUUCGAAUGGUUUUGAGAAUGGGCCUUCGUAUCAUGAGAAGCCAGAAUGGUUCCAGUAA